AUGGCUCCCCGCAAGGAGAAGGAGAACAACAAGGAGAAGCGCGCCGCCGCCGCCGCCAAGAAGGCCGAGAAGAAGAAGGGUGAGAAGAAGGGGAAGGAGAAGAAGGCAGAGAAGAAGGCAGAAAAGAAGAAGUCAGUUCAAGAGAUAACCCCCAACUACAGACUGACCAACUAACGCGCCAUAGGCCCACCAAAGUCCGGGUUCGGGACCCGGUUAAAGAAGCCCGCUGGUCUUGUAAACACAGGGCCAAAGUCGCCGAGCGUGCGCGCUUGGAGAAGAUGGGGGGGUUUCUCGGGGGAUGGUGGAGAGACGGGCUGGCUUUGCCGCCGAAAAGGCAGGCAGAAAUUUGUAAGUUGAUUCAAGAGCAAUAACCCACGAGAUUAUAUUUUCAGCACUCAAAAUAUAUCGUUCAAUUGCUAAUCAGCUUCCCCUCCCAAAUAGUAAGUAUUCGGGUGCCCGAAACACCCGCCCCGCCCUCUCCGCCGCCGCCACUGCUGCUGAGGAGGAGGAGGCCUACUCGUCUGCCUCGCAAUUUGAUUGCACGGACGGAGAGGAGGAGGACGACGACGAUGAGAUGGGUGCUGCCGGUGGAGACGCUAUUGUCGUUUAA